ACUACUAUAUUUUAUUGUGAAUACAACUAUCUAAAAUUACCCAAGUUGUUGUAUCUGUAAAUUAAUAAUUAAAAUUUAAUCAUAAACAGUAUGUUGCUCAAGAAAAUAUUUAAAAAAAAUAUAGAUAGUGAAGCAAGACAUGAUUACAAUAGAUCUGGCCAUAUGCAUUCAACUAUUCUUACAGAUCUUUAUAAAAUCAUCUGGAAACUCAAUAUGUUGCUCAAAAAUAUAUUAAAAAUAAAUGCAGUCAGUAAAUCAAUACAUAAUUGCAAAGAAUGUAUUCAUAUGAAUUCAACUCUAACAAGUCUUUAUAAAACCAUCUGGAAACUCAACAAUCUAAUAAAUUACAAGUUCAAAUUUCACACAUGAACUAAACACAAGGAUAUUUAAAUAAUAUGUUGAAUAGCAGUUCAAAACAAAAUGGUUUGAUGUAAA